UAAAAACAAAUCCAUUGAAGGGAACCCGAACGCUGGUGAGGCUUCUAAAAUAGAUCGAGGAUCCAAUUCUCGGAUUCUUUUCUAGGGUUUUCACCGAUCUAAAUACGAGCAAAAAAUUGCAAAUUUCUAGGGUUUCCGGCUCCUCGAGUGAUCUUUUUGUUCUACAGGUACUUUGGUUUGCUAUGGGGAGGCACCCGAAGAACCCGCAAGGUUCAAACCAGGAUGCUUUGGAUGUAAAGCCCUUAAGAACUCUGGCUCCAUUUUUCCCCGCCCAUUUGGUGUUCGACAACUUUAACCAAUCAAGCAAUCCACCACUAGUUUGCAUAACCCCCUUUGGUCCCUCUUCGGGCGAUUUUGGAUCUCCAAUUCCUUCUAACUUUUCCCCGCCCGUUCCGUCUUUUGCCGCUGCACAACCUCAAGUGACUCCGGUGAAAAGACCAAGAGGACGGCCUCCGAAAAUUGCUAGUAAUGGAUCUAACGGCCCCAUCAAAGCCACGCCAAUCUCUGCGUUUCACACCCCGCCGAGCUUCACUGAAAUGGACGAGGAGGAUGAGUCCAUUUUCGUUACGGAGACCUCUUCUAGAGGCCGGAAAAUCAAAAGGCCGUCCCGCCUAGGGAGCAGCUCUGCGGAGCGCUCCGAUUCGGCAAAAGUCAAGAAGGUCAAGCCUCUUAAGCCAGUAAGGAAGGUACCGGAAAAUGAGAUAGCGGCCCUCAGGGUUUCGUAUAAUGACCCUAGGGAGAAUGUGGAGGCGAUCAUGAUGAUUUUUGAUGCACUGAGGCGGCGGCUUCUGCAGUUGGACGAGUCGUCGAACCUGAACGGGCGCCAGGAUUUAAAGGCCGGGGCAAUCAUGUUGGCUAACGAUCUCAAGGCUAAUGCAGGGAAGAGGAUUGGCCCAGUACCUGGCGUUGAAGUAGGGGAUAUUUUCUAUUUUAGGAUGGAGAUGUGCAUCAUUGGUUUACACGCCCCUAGCAUGGCAGGUAUUGACUACAUGACCGCCAAAUUCGAUAAUCAAGAUGAUCCCGUGGCAAUAUGUAUUGUUUCCUCCGGCGGUUACGAGAAUGAGGAAGACGAUGUCGAUUUCUUGAUUUACACUGGUCAAGGAGGUAGCACCAAGAACGAGGACCAAAAGCUUGAAAGGGGAAAUCUUGCUUUGGAAAGAAGCUUGUACCGAAAGAACCAAAUUAGGGUUGUGCGGAGCGCGAAAGACCCCAACUGCCAAACCGGGAAAAUCUAUUACUAUGAUGGGCUCUACAAGAUUCAGAACUCGUGGAAGGAGAAAGCGAAGUCUGGUAUCAAUGUUUUCAAGUACAAAUUGCUGAGAGAGCCAGGGCAACCCGAGGGUCUUGCGGUUUGGAAGAUGACUCAAAAAUGGAAAGAGAACCCGUCGGGGAGGGGGAGAGUUAUACUAUCUGAUUUAUCCUCUGGCACUGAGAAUAUACCUGUUUGCCUUGUUAAUGAUGUUGACAAUGAGAAAGGACCCACUCAUUUCACAUAUAUCACUAAGGUUAAAUAUUUAAAACCAAUCAGCUUAAUGAAACCAUUACAAGGUUGCAAGUGCCAAAGCGUCUGUCUCCCUGGUGACAUUAAUUGCUCGUGCGCGCAACAAAAUGAAGGCGACCUUCCCUAUAGUUCUCUAGGGUUGCUUGUGAGCCGAAAGCCUCUUAUUGCUGAAUGUGGUUCUUCUUGUCAAUGCUCUUUUAAUUGUCGAAAUAGAGUGACCCAAAAGGGAAUUAGGCUUCACUUUGAGGUUUUUAAGACGCGGGAUCGCGGUUGGGGCCUACGUUCGUGGGACCCGAUCCGGGCCGGUACAUUUAUUUGUGAAUAUACGGGCGAACUUAUUGAUGAGGUUAGAGUGGACAUGAACGAUGAGGAAGAUGAUUAUAUCUUUCAAACAGCAUAUCUUGGCGAAAAGACUUCAAGAUGGAAUCGUGGGACCGAGUUAUUGGGUGAACCAAGUACGAAUGAAUCAACGGAAGCCCAGAAUUUGUUACCCAUUACCAUAACUGCAAAAAGUAUGGGCAAUAUCGCACGUUUUAUGAACCAUAGUUGCUCACCUAAUGUGUUAUGGCAGCCGGUAUUACAUGAUCAUGGUGAUGAAGGGCAUGCACAUAUAAUGUUCUUUGCGCUCAAGCACAUUCCUCCCAUGACCGAAUUGACUUACGAUUAUGGUGUGAGUGGCAGUAAUGAUGAGAGAAUAGGUGGUUUUGGCUCCCGCAGAGCUAAGAAGUGCUUAUGUGCAUCACCAAAUUGUCGCGGAUUUUUCGGUUAAUCCUUUCACAGGAUUGACGACUAUAAUUUGUGCAUUAACUUAUAUCUGAUUACUUUGCCUUCCUGAAACGACGGGGUUGUGAUUUGUAUGGUGACAAGAACAGUGAGAUGGCGCAUAAUCAUUUGCAACACUGGAUAUCAAGUUAUUGGUAGAUUGCACUUGUUGUACUCGAGCUUUCAAGUAUUACAAUUGGGUCCCGAAAUUUUGUUUUCUAUAUCAGUCUUAGUCCUUUAAAUAUCUUUGUUAAAAUGGGUGGUAGUAUCUCCAUAAACACCAUGUAACUCCAUCCAAGUGGUGAUUAUGUGGCAGUUAACUGGAAAAUUUCCAUUCAUUAUAACAAGCAAAUUUAUAGGAGUACUAAGAUUGCAAAAGAACUCGAAGAUAAGGGAUGCAAAUUGCAAAACUUGAAAUGUUGAGAAUCAAACUAAAAUUUCGCUAAUAGAUCCUAACUUUAGGACUGUAGAAUGUCCGAACCAUGCAGGUAUUCCUUAAAUUAUAUGGUGACUUGUAGUUAAAUUGGUGAAAACCAUUAGGGCUUUUCGACAAAAUUCGGGGCAUGUUGUGCUUUAGGUUUCAUGUAAUUCCUGUUGUAGCUUUUCAUUUGUGUUUUUUUGUUUCUUUCAGUUCCAUGUAGGUGAUCCAAACUUUCAUAGUUUAGCAAAAUUUGUGGCUUGUGUAUCAUGUAUGGAUUUCUCUUUUCCGUUCUAAAUAUGUAAAACUUUAUAUGGUAGUAGUGUAUUUUUAGUUUCUUUUUCUUUUUC